AUGGCAGCACCGCCAAAAAUUGUAGUUAGGAAAGCCCUCGAAGAGGACUAUGAAGCUGUUUUGGACAUUACCAAGGAAUUCAACCUGGGAGCAGACUAUCUCUAUUUUCAGUACACCGAGUUGAUCAAUGAUCCAGACUCCUCUUAUUACGUUUGUGAGGUGGAUGGGGAGGUGGCGGCGUUUGAAGGUGUUUCGCUGCUUGACGACAACAACACUCUAAUGGCUCGUUCGGCCAGGGUCAAGGACAAGUUUCGAGGCCAGGGACUCCUGAAUCAGAUUAGAAAGAAAAUCUAUGAAGAUUAUAAAGAUGUUCCUGGGCAGAAGCGAAUUCGAAAUUGCUGCGCGAAUAUUGUCAGACUGGUGGACAGCGCUACGUUCAGGAGCCAGAACCGAUUGCUUGGGACUAGGGCUUUAGCAAUAUAUGAGCCUUUGGAAAUUGUACAGUUACAACAGCCUGACAUUAAAGACUACCCAGAAAUCAAGAUCGUGGACACUGAAGUGUUUCGCAUCCUAUUCGAGAACCCGGAACUUGCCAGCUACUUGUUCCCUAGCCAGUUCUUCGCGGUGAUCUCUUGGUUUUUUGAUCCACUGACCAGCAAUGUAAAGCAUAUACAGAAACAACGACCACACGUGAGCCUAUCAGCAGCUCUUGCCAGAAGUAUUGAAAGAUUAAAUUCUGAUUCAAAUACAGACAAGGCCUCCUUGGUCUCUAGGAAGCAGGAAACAGAAAGUCAUCCUCGUGGUCUUCUAAUUGUCUGCGCACAUUACAAAACUCCAGAUAUGAUAUAUUUCAAAAUAGAAAUCUACGGAGAACCACAACAAGGACACGAAGAAAGUGAGCUAACACCUGCUAUAUUCCAUGGCUUGAAACAUGCGAUUUCCAUAGUUAAAGAAGAUGGAUCAAAAGUGCCUUUAGCAUUAGGACUCGGCGCCAUGAAUGCUGAUAUUUUACAAGUAUGCAAAAAUAUUGUAGUGCCAUUCGGGUUUCAGCAUGGGAAAAUGGGCGCGUUUGAGUGUCACAAUUUUUUUGAACAAGAUUUUGAAAAGCUUGCAAAUUAA